AUUUAUUGAAAUAUCUUCUCAGGGCAGCAUGUCAUACGAUUGGCUCUGGGAGACAGCCAAUCGAAACACUGGGGGGCGUGGCUAUCAGUAAUUUGUAAUUUGCGCCAAACGGCAAUCCCUACGGAGCAACGAGGCGGAGAGGACCACGAGAGUUAAAUAGAGUAAGGGAGAAUCCUUGAAAUAAAGAGGAAUAUUGUCCUACUUCCUGUAAUGUACGGUAGACCUUGAGAAACUAAUGAAGAAGGAUGACGUCCCUGGCCAUAUUCUUUUGGGACAUGUGGGGCUGUUCCCACUAACUGUAGACAGCUUUCGGUCAUUGUAUGGCCCAAACAGAAUUUCAGAUGAGAUCAUGGAUGCCCUUUUCCACAUUAAGAGCAAGGGUGAUUUGGAUCUUCUUGCCAUAACGACCCAUAGCAUGUCAAAGAUCCUUGAUGGGUGCAAAAGGGCAAGGAGUACAUACUUCAUGAAGACUGACAAACUACAAAACUACAAAAGAGUUAUGGGUCCUUACCUAGAGGGAGAUCACUGGACCUUUGUUCAUUGCAACUUGGAAAGUAAAGAGAUUGUGUAUUGUAAUUCCUUUGGAGAGUCAAAGGAGAAAUGUGAAACCAUCAGAGACACCUGGGAACUGUUUGCAAAGAGGAGAGAUAUUCUUGGUCCAUGGACAGUCAAAACCUUACCACAUUCAACACAGCUGGAUUCCGUGUCAUGUGGAGUUUUCACCAUAAUGUUUGCAGAAUGUGUUCUUGAUGGUAAGGAGUUUCCCAACAUCUGUAUACUAAACAAACGUAAAGACCUGGCUUCUGAGCUGUGGGCAGGACUAGAUCACAAAAGAAAUUAUUGCAGUUGUGGUGAAAGAUUCCUGCCUAAAGAUGGGGUUAAAUGCAGUGCCUGCAGUGGGUAUUUUCAUGGCAAGUGCCUCAAAGCAAAAGGCCAGUGUGUCAUCUGUGCAGCUGGCUGUAGCAGCACUGAGCAGGUGAACACUGAUGUCUGUGAGACCAGUCAGAAGAGUGGGUAUUCGUGUGUGGAUGAAGACCAGAUCACCCUCAGGGUCUGUGACAUGGUCAGCUGUGAAACUGAGGAGCCACAUGAGGAGGAGCCACAUGAGGAGGAGCCACAUGAGGAGGAGCCACAUGAGGAGGAGCCACAUGAGGAGGAGAGAAAAGAUGGGUUCUAUGUAGAGAGCCUUCUCAAAGUUGCAAGCUCCAAGAAAGUUAAAAGGCACUUUGUAACAGUUGCAGAGCUACAGAGGAGAUGCUCAGCCCCAGAAAACUACUCUGCCAACCUCAUGGUCACAUACUUGAGGAAGGCAAAACAUAAGAAAAAGGAGUUAGAAGGGCAGUUGAGACAGGCAGGAGUGCAACCUUCUAAAUAUGCAGCAAACACUACUAUGUGCUCCCGGCUGGUGGAAGAUGAGUGCAAAAGUCUGGCAGAGGACCUUGGACAGCUCACAAAGCACAUCCCCUUUGAAAGCAUUGGGAAAAGACUGGCUGAGGGCAACAAAAACAUACCAUCUGCUAUUGUAAAAGUUGAAGAAUUGAGUGCUGAACUACAGGAAGUGGAGAAAGUCCUUAAUGAACACUUUGAGACCUAUAACAAGGUCACACACACGCUUGGGCCCAGUGUCAGCCAUGUGGUGUUCAGUUUGAUAAAACAGUGCCUAACUGCAAAAAUGACUGCUCUAGAAGAGAUGAACAGCUGCUGAUCAGCUUAGUUGUUUUUUUUUGUACAUAUGCACAUUGUUCAAAUUGCACAUUGUUUAAAAAAAAAAAAAAAAAAGUUUGUGUUAUCUGGCAGUUCUUGCUUAGCAAACUGAAGAGUCAAUUCUGUGAUUGGAUAGCUUUUAUGCCCAGUGGGUUGUAAUACAAACGUUUGUAGUACAAACGUUCUGGAUGCAAAUUUAUCUGUAGUAGGCCAGUGUAGCUGCUGGUUUCUGUUCAGUUCACUUCUUUUAAUUAGCUAGGGGGAGUACCACAAAUCAGGUUUUGUCCAGUUCCUUUCUAGGUCUCAGUACUUGCUAGAUUUUCAUUGGCAUUGCACUUGUCAUGUAAUUCUGUUUUUAUCUUUCUAGGUUUUUCUUUUAUAAUUUUUUUUAUCAUUUGCUCUGGCAGUAUCUCAACUGGAGUUUAUGGCCUAUUUGUACUUGACAUUCAUUUGUGCUAGUGACAGAACACUAAGCAUUUUUGUAUAAGUUGCUCUAAAUAAGAACAGCUGCUUAAUGCUGUAAAAUUUAAAAUUAUAAAUACUCUUGAAUAUCU